CGCCGGUGCACCUGCUCUUCCCUCUCCCCCAGAAUGACGGAAGGCUUCACCGCCUGCGAUCUAACAUGCUCGGCCGCGACGGAGAAGGCUUCCAACGGCCGCAGGAUGGACUUGGAGCAGCCCAUUUUCUCCGUGCUGACCGGGGGUUUGAGGGCGCAGCAGGCGGGGGGCGCCGUCGGAGCCACCUCCGACACCGAGUCCGGGAUCUUCUCCGCGGAGGCCGAGCUGUGCGUGGAGCACGACAGCGAGCUGGACUGGUUCUGCGGGACCGAGCAGAAGCCCGUGUGUUCUCAGUGCGCCAGCUCGGGCUCGUGCCGCGGGCACGCGGUGACCCCGCUGGCCACCAGGGUCACAGCAGUGAGGAACCAGCUGGUGGACGUGUGUGAAAAAAUGCAGCUGCAGGCUAAGAGGAUCGAGAGGUUCAUCGAGCAGACGCUGAGCGCCAAAGAGCAAAAGCUGCAGUCGGCGGCGAGCAGGACCAGGGAGCAGGUGCUGGCCCAGAUCAGCGCUGUGCGUGAAGCCCUGGAAGAGGAGGAGCAGCGCCUCCUCGAGGAGGUGCAGAGGGAAGAGGAGCGGGUGGAGCAGUGCCUCCUCACCCAGAGGGCCCACUGGAACCAGGCUUUGACGAGUCUGACGCAGACGCGCUCCCACUUGGUGCACACGCUGACGCACACUCCAGACGCACAGCUGGUGACCAGCUUGGAGGAGAUUGCUGAAAGAAUGGAGGAGGCAGAGGGGGUCGGGGAGCCCCGUGACACCGAGCAGCUUAGCCUGAACACGGCCUGCAGUGACAGCAAACUUCUGAGGGGCCUGUGGGCCUCGGCGCUGCUGCUGGGACCAAAAGUUUAUGGAUCACCACUUCUGAAGUUUGAUGAGCGCACGGUUAGUCCUCUCCUCUCCCUGUCGGAGGAUUCCUGCACCUUGACUUUCCUCCACAAAAAAUCCCGCCAGUCUCUACCUUACGACCCGGCACGCUUCGACUGUUGGCCCAACGCUCUGGGUUCGAUGCUCAUGUCCUCUGGAACCCACACCUGGGUGUUGGAUGUGGGGCAGAGCGGGGCCUUUAAGGUGGGGGUCUGCUACGCCUCUCUGGAGCGGAAGGGCUCUGGGAAUGAGGCCCGGCUGGGCUACAACAACCAGUCCUGGGUGCUGUCCCACUACGACGGAGACUACUCCUUCUGCCACGCGGGGAAGAAGGUCCCCCUGCAGGUGGUGAAGAGGCCGCAGAAGAUCGGUCUGCUGCUGGACUGGCCGAGUCAGACGCUGUUAUUUUAUGAGCCGGACUCUGACGCUGUGCUGUUCUCCACCACACAGCAGUUCAGCGCCCCCCUGCUGCUGGCUUGUGCCGUUACGGACGACAGCAUCACCAUUCUGCACUGAGCUGGAAGCAACAUAAAAAACUCUGUCUAAUGUGAGAUGAGCAGAAAAGACCAGUGCAAUAAUGAAAACUCCAAACAUUUUCAGUUUGUAUUUAUUUUUGUAGAUUUUUUUGUAAUAGUUUUUAGGCAAAAAUUGUUGUAUGAUAAUCAUAUUUCUUUCAAAAAUGAUUGCCUUUUUUUUUAUAGAUAAUGAAAAAUCCAACUGAAGAGUUUAAUAUGUUUAAAGCAGCUUUGCAAAUAUUAAAAACCAAUGUUUAGAGAUGAUAGCAACAAUUAGCAUGUUUUGGAAUAAACAUUUUUUCAUGA